GAAAACCCGGAACAUUGGCAAUUUAGUAAUAAAUUCUUUUUCACGGUUGGAACCGACGGUGUCGUGACUUUUGUGCAUUUUCACCCGGAAGAGAAGGACGAAGUUCUAACAAUGAAAAAAGUUCUAGCGAGUACUUUGUCAGUAAAAAGACUGGUAGAUGUUGGUGAUAACUGGAAAUUCACGUCUCGUGAAGAAGAUCACGCAGGUGACCUAGAACAUGAGUAUGAAGCCACUCGCCACAGCGACGGCAUAACAUUCGUGCGCAAACAUCAAAGCUUGAAAGAUGUUCAUAGACUUCAUAAUAAGACGGUGCAUCUUGACCUGGCGGGUACGCCAGUUCACAUAGAUUCCCUAGAUAACAUUACAUUACGUCACUCGCCAUCUAAGGUGUCCAGUAAAACAAUGGAUGGGUUCGAAGAGAUAAAAGAGGAACAGUCGGGAGAAUUUCCAAAGAUCAGCUCUAUAUCAAGAAGUAAGCUGAAGAUGACAUCGAAAAGGAAACACAAUGAAUGGGCUAGUCAUAGUCUACGUGACAUGCAGAAAGAUACACUGACUGUACGGCAGGUACCUCCAGAGAAAGUGCCGCUGCAAAAAGUGGAGAAAGAGAUACAAAGUCAUCUGGCAUGUGUUCAUUCUAUAGAAAAUAAAUAUGACAGAAAUAGAACCGAAUGUGUGCACAAUUUACGAGAAUUGAUUUAUUCCCUGAAGAGAGAAGACUUCUUAGAUUUCGGCACAAAAGCCCUUACACGCACCUGUGAAGUUAACGACGUUUUAUGUCAAGACGAAAGAAAUCUUUUCAUAGACAUUAUAUCACAUGAAGGAAGCGUUGAUGCUCAGUUAUUAGUUCUUAAUUUGGUUAUGCGUAGGCCAAAUGUCACUGAAGAGGACUUAAGAAGAUGCUUAUUCCAUGCAAUAGCCUUAAAAUCACCGGCAUUUGAAAUAGUCCAGCACAUUGAAGAGCUUUGUUUUGAUGACGAUGCAAAACCCGGAGAGACACCUACGUUAACAAAGACCAGGAAGAGAGCAUGCUUAUCACUUGGGGCCAUGGCUAAAUCACUACAUGACAAGAACAUGACAGAGUCUGACAGAAUUGUUGAGAAAAUCGAAAACUGGCUUGAUCAUCACAAUGAAACGAGAUCAAUGGAUAUUGUAAAACCAAGAAAAAGACGAUCUAUUACUCAGCAUGAUAUGGCGGCUAGAAAACAUAUUGAAACAAAGAUGGUCCUCAUUCAAAGUCUUGGAAACGCAGGCAAAUCUAGAUCAAUCAAGCACAUCAAGUCAUACAUGGAGCCUAAUGUUGGUGUUACCGCGUGGCGCCGAGCUGCUAUACAUAGUCUUAGACAUUUCUCAUGUAACGAAAGUGCACAUGCACUUUUAACGAGUGCUGUACAUGACGACGAUGAUAUUGUACGGAAGACGGCAACAGAUGUUCUAAAGAAACAUCCACGGAGUAAUAACUUUACUAUCGAACAUGAAAAUGUUGUGUUAAGCAAGAAUUACAGCUAUCCUAUUGUUUCCCGUGUACGUCGAAGUUUGUUGCAGACUUUGGAACAAGGCAUUCGAGUUUUUAUCAAACCUCCUGGUAUUGAAUGGGACAAGACGAUCGGAAAUAGUGCUAUUGGAGCCAGUUUUGGUCUUCAUAUACGAAAUAUACUUGAUCUGAAAUUGGCACUUCUAAGCGGCCAUUUCAUAAUAGACCUCUAUGACGGUGCUUAUGCCGAAGCUCAUGUUGGAAUGAUUGACUUUCAAGUAGACAUCGUCAAAGCUUAUGUUUGCUUUAAAGGUCGUAUUGCGUAUGAUCUCAAUGUAUUAAAGGACUUUGGUAUAAACAGCUUGUCGGACUUGGUGCACAUUUUUGACAAAAUCCUCGCGAAAAUUGUAACUCCCAUAACCGAUGCAGUCACAAAUUUCCGAAAAAUCAUCAUGUCCUUUAAAGGUCGAAGCCUUAGUGAAAAUGUAAACAAGAUUGUCCGAGUCGUAAAGAAUCUUCCAACUAUACUUGGAGAUGUAGAUCAGAGACUCAAAGUUUUUGCUGUAGAAAUAUUUAACAUGGCUGGAUCAACUGUUGUUGAGGAAAUAAAAAAUAUUUUACAAACUGUUAGAAAUUUCAUUGAUGGUAUUAAGCAAAAUGUCUUGAAGUUUUACAAUGAUAUAGUCGACGCUGUUACUCUUGGACUGCCAUAUAUAUCAAAGAAAAUUGUCGAUGCAUUUAACCUUAUUGUGAAGAGUUUAAGCCAAAUUAUGAACAAUCCUAUGCAAGCAAUAACAUCGAUGUCAAGGGCGAUAUCAAACAUAGCAAUGGCGGUAUCAAUGGCUUUGGAUAUAAAAAAUACAGUGAUUGACGCAUGUAUGUUCUUGCCAGGCCGUGCAGCUGAAUGGUUAAACGCAGCAAAGCAGAUACCAAAUAUAAUAAUGCGGUUUGAUGAAGCCAUAACUAAACUUCUUAGAACCUCUGCUGGUCGAAAGCGACGUUACUUGCAGUCCAAAAUGACCUCGGCCUAUAGUGAUGGCAUUGGCGACAUGAAACACUCACUUCACAACUCGGAAAUUGAUUUGAAAGCCAAACUGGAACACGUUCUUGCGCCUUUAAAACCUUUAAAUAAUAUUGUGAAACCAUUUAUUGAUGAAUUCAAAGCAAUAAUGGAUUUAAUAAAAGCAGUGAAAUGGGGAUACAAGAAAGUUAAGGAAGUCAUUGAAACAAGCAAAUCACUAGUACAGAAGGUUUUUGGUCCCAAAUUCCACAGAAAUUUUCCGACAGAAAGGCGCAAGGCAAAAGGAUCCUGUAAAGAAGGGGUUUGGCCAACAACGACACAGCAAACAUACCGAACAACUGGUGUAGAUUUAGCGUUAGGAAAGGGACAGUCGAUUGUGAUGCCAGUGAACGGAAUCUUACAUGUUGAUUCACGUAAAAAGCGAGUUAUUGUUCAACCAAUAGAUCCGGAGUUUAUAGUCCUUGAAAUCGUUAUAGAAAACAUCGAUCCCAGCGUAAAGUGGGACGGGAAACAAGUGAAAGCCGGAGAUAAAAUAGGACGAGCGUCGAAAGCACCAAAAUGUGAACCAAAUUUCAUUCACGUGUCUGUACGGUAUGGACAGGGUAAAACUAUUCCAGACGCGGAUUAUGACUAUACUGAUCCCGGACCAUUUCUAGAUCGAUUGGUCCCAAUUCCAAAAUGGAUACAAGAAUGUAAUGACCACGAGUUUAGGUAUAUUGGUCAAAUCUUUGAAUCUGGAGAGACAGACGGAGAGGAAGAACCCGUGGCAAAACGAGAGAAAAUUGUAAGAGACACACCUGAUUUAGAUGAACUAGGUAAACUGCUAGGAGAGGAAGACCCUGAAUACAGACCUGAUGAUCCUUCUCUAUAUGAUCAAACAUCUUUUGAAGAUAGUCUUGUCAAAAGUUUGAAGGAACAAGCCAAGAAAUUUACCGAUGUUUUUAAGACGGACUUAUUCAGAAAGGGCGGACCUAAAAUUCCAAACAUCUUGGACAUGAUUAAUGUAAAUAAUAAGACUGUAAGCUGGGUAUUAAACAAUCUGGCACAAGGGAAGCAACUCUACGAUAACUUCAACAAUUUAGUUGGCAAAAUGGCAAGUUCGAUGAUUGCUAUUCCGGUCGGGAAUCCAGCAACUAUGUCCCUUUCUUUUAUGAAGAAUUUUAUAAAUUUGCAAGGGAUUACUAUUCCUGGAAAUGGCGGAGAUAUAAGCAACGUCGCUGAUAGUUUGAUGGAAACAGCUGGUAAAGUUUGCCCGAUGAUUAAAGGUAGAAUUGCUGCUGGUUUUGGCCAUGUUUGUACUGUACACGAGUGUUGUUUAGGUAUCACGUGCAGUGUACCUGUCCCUUUUGGCGCCGAAACUAAGCACCUUAAAUUUAGUUUGGAUAUUAAGCCUAGUAAUUCCAAACUAGUAUUUAAAAUCAACAAUAAAUCAUUUGAAUUCAAAGCAAAAGCAUUAGACGAGGAAAUCAAAACGGGCCUAACACUUUUUGGCAUGGAAAUAUUUCUGGAAAUGAACUCUGAAUUAAAGAAAGGCGUUGUUUCAAUGAAUGCUGAAGUCAAGCUGUGCACUGGUCUCUUCGCCACAUGCUUGUCACCAAUCGACCUUUUCCAUGAGAUCAAGUUUGAUUUAGGAACAUCUUGCAAAAGAAAGCGAUCGACCAAUUCUGGUUCAAUAAAUAAUAGCUUAAAGGCACGAAUUCUUGAAAUGCCAAUAUCCAACUUCAUGGCACAGCUUGGGGAAUAUAUGCUUUUAGAUCGGAAAGUUACAAAAGUUUUAGAAGAUGUAAGAGAUACGGUUGUCAAAGAGCUUAUGAAAGACCCUGCAGAACAACUUGGCAAAAUAUCGAAAGAGUUUCAAGAUAAAGUAGAUUUUUGUAUAAGUGCAAAUAUUCCUGUGCCACCGUUUGACAUAACAUUCUUCCGUUAUCACCAACUGUUCAUGGCUGGACCUGUUGGUUUCUCGUUAGGAUUUGGUGCCGGCGGAAGUGUUGGCCUAGGUGUUAAAGUUGGAUAUUGUAUAGUCAGUAUGACAGCACAGUUGACUUUGACACCAUGGGUAGGUGGUAAAGUAUGGGGCGACGUAGCUGUUGACAUAUUGAUUGCAAGGGGCGGAAUACGUUUAAUUGGAUAUAUAAUGGAAACCAAAUUCCCGAUAACAACAGAACUUGUCUUCUCAAAAUAUCCCAUUGAUGUCGGGGUAAAGAUGGACAUGGUGUUUACACCCCUUCGUCUUCAGCUGAAAGCAUUUGUAGAGCUUAAUGUUUUGUUAAAAUGGAUAACCUUGUAUGAAGGUUUGCUUUGGGAAUAUGCUGUUCCAUCAAUCCGCAAAAAUAUUUUCCACAAGAAGAAACGAGACGACGACCCUUCUCCGCCCAUGGUGUUACCUAAUACUAUGAAUGAAGGGCGAAAAAGAUCCGGGACUAGGGGAUGUAUAGUACAACAAGUUUUCGGAAGACCGUACUACGAUCCAGCUUUUAGAAUAGAAAUGCACGCACAAGAUGAGGUCAGUGAGGUAAAAUUAUUCUAUGCGAUUGGAACACAUCGCGGUGGAACAAACGUCGUUGAUUGGACGGAUAUGGGAGGAAACUCUCUUAUGGUACCGUCAAAACUUCCUGGAGGUAUACCUUUAUACUGGUCAGUCAAGGCACAAAAUAGUCAAGGUUUGUCAUCGAUAAGUCAAUGUUACCUAAACACAUAUGACAGCACUCCUCCAGACGGGAGGGUGGAACAUCCUUACAAGUUUUCAAGUCAUCCGAACAAAAUCAUAGCGUCAGUCGUAGCCUUUGAAGACAGUCCAUUGGUAGAAACACACUACAAAGCUGUAGGUUUUAGUCCCGGACAAUUUGGGUCUCAAUUUGUGGAUUGGCAGGUGCUACGACUUGAUCAUUCUAAAAUACGAAGUGGAGCUACUGGUCCAUUAAAACAUUUCACAAUUCCUAGAGAAGGAAAGUUAGUUGCCUGGAUUCUUACGUCACAGAAUUCACCUGAUGCAGAGACUUGUGCUCAAAAAUGCAUUAGCUUUGGUUCGAAGUGCGUGUCCUUUGACUAUGAGCAUCACUCGGAGACAUGUGACUUACAUGAUGUUGUUCAAGGUGCUAAUGCUUACCUACGCAUAAGCGGUACAUACAGUAACUACGAACGACUUGGCAGUGGAUAUCAUUCUCCAGUAGAAUACUCAGGUUUGCCGCUGUCACAUGGUUCAACGUACUUUGUAAACACAAAAGUUAGCAACGUUCUAGGAUAUGAUGCAUAUUUGGUAGGCGAAGGAACAAUGGUAGAUUUUACUCCACCUGAACCUGGUACAAUUAAGAAUGCACGCCAAGAUAUUUUACGGGCUGAUAAAUGUAACGCAGCUGUAACACAGCAUUGUAUCGAUGUCACUUGGAAAAAUAACCAUAGAAUAAUUAUAGAUGGUAAAGGCUCGGGUACAGUUUUUAAUGGACACAAGCCUUUGUCUGACGAACUUUACACUCUGACUAACCAUUAUGUGUCUGCCAACUGGAAAGGUUUCCACGAUGACGAAAGUGGGUUGUUGGGAUUUACAUGGGCUAUCGGUAGAAAUGUUUGCGGCGCAGAUGUUGUCAAAUAUAAUGAUCCUUAUGAACAUUUAACAAGCAAGAAAUUUUGGACAGAUUCUGGGUUUCACAAAGGGGUUCAUCUGAAAGAUGGUCCAUACUACGUAACAGUACAAGCUUUAAAUGGUGCGGAGUUAGGAGGAUCACUUGUUACUACUGUGUGUCAUUCUAUUCCAUUCAUUGUCGAUACAACUCCUCCUGUUUUUAACGGUGUAACAGAUAUAAUUUACGACGAGGAUUUUGACCUUAUUGCCAUUUACUAUAACGCCACAGACGAGCUUUCUAAAAUAUCCGACGCCGAAUUCGGUCUCGGUCAAACAAAAUAUGACGUUAAGUUAAAACCAUACACUCUUCAUGCCUCAAUUGACAGGGACGAUCCAUUUGUAGCCGUGGAAGAGCUUGGUUUACAAGAGGGAAUACCAGCAUGGAUUCGUAUAAGAGUAACAAAUAAUGUUGAACUGUUCACGGCUGGACACGGGGACGAACCAAUAAUGAUAGACAAAUCUCCACCAAUAGCUGGUAAUGUUCUAGAUGGAGACCGUCUUCGUAACGACCGGGCUUUUCAAGCCGACGACGAAAAGAUAUGUGCUCAAUGGCUUGACUUCUUUGAUCCAGAGUCAGGAUUACACAGGUUCCAAUGGGGUGUUGGUACCAAACCUGGCGACGACAAUAUUGUAAAGUUCCAUAAUCUGACAAGAUACGAAAAAUCAGCAUGCAAGGCUGCACAUUUAGCGCAUAACAGGACGUACUACUCUACUGUGUUUGCUUACAAUAAUGCUUUGAAUUCAAAGUCAGCUAAUAGUUCAUCUGAUGGAGUUCUUGUAGACGUGACACAUCCGUUAGCUGGCCAAGUAAAAGACGGCAAAGUUAAUGAAAAUGAGCUCAAUUUUAGUUCAGAAACUGUUUCUAAGUUUGUAAACUGGAACGGUUAUUAUGACCCUGAAAGCGGUAUUGAUCACUACAGGGUUGAUGUUAUCAUAAAUAACGAGAUAAGAGGAACUUUUGACGCUGGAAGGGCAACAGAAUUUGAAGAUCAUACAAUAUCGAUGGAACAUCAGGACACAGUUAAAUUUACUGUCCAUGGCAUCAACGGUGCUGAUCUUGAAAAUGCGUCAGAAAGCAAUGGUUUUUUAGUUGAUUUAACAACGCCAAUUCUUAAAGGAAUGUCCGACAAUGAUGACGCCGCGGCGUACCAAAGAAACAAUGAAAGAAUGGAUGUGAUGUAUGAAUUUGAAGAUACAGAGUCAGGCAUUAAAGAAUACAGAGUUAUCAUUUAUGAAACAAGAUAUGGCGUUAAGCAAAAAUUCUGGCCAAAAGACAGUCAUUUCAAUAUUUCUUCCCCCGUUACGCCUUUCUACACGAAAAUAUCUUCUUCUCUUGAUGGGUUAUCAUUGAAAGAUGGUGCUUUAUAUUCAUUGCAUGUGACAGCACUUAAUAGGGCACUUUUAUCUUCGUCGCACGAGACUAAUGGAGUAACAGUUGAUACAACUCCACCACAGAAACCAAAAGUUCACAUUGGACUUUGGACAGACGACGAGGAACUAGAUGAUGACGGAAAUGUAUUACAUAAUGAUCAGAAUGGUAUACGUGUUAGUUGGUCAGGUAGAGACUCUGAAAGCGGUAUUAAAAGUUACCAAGUUGCCAUAGGAACAACUGAAUCUGACAAGAAAAGUGUUUUAAAUUUCACUGAUUACGGUGUUGAUGUUACUGCUUACAUUCAAUUUAUAUAUUUUCAAACUUUUAAAGAAUCGGGCAUUAAAUAUGUUGUAUUUGUGAAAGCUGAAAACGGAGCAGGACUUUAUUCAACCGUUGGAAAGUCGAAGCCAAUCUUUGUACAGAAGGCUAAUGUCGCCGGUAUUGUAUUUGAUGGUAGAAAUCUUUACGAAGACGAAAUGUACACGACAGAUUUUACAUCAAUUUCUGCAUCAUUCUAUGGUUUUGAAAGUGAAGGUUGUAAUAUUCUAAGCUAUGACUGGGCAAUAGGUACAACUGAAUAUGGAACGGACAUUAAGACAUAUACAAACUAUGGACUUGUUAUGCUAAAUGAAACUCACGGUCAGUGUCAGAUUCAUGUCGAAUUGUUUGAAGACACAAAUUAUUUCAUUACAGUACGAGCUAUAACGGGAUGCCAAGAUGAAUAUAUAUUGUCAUCUUCUGAUGGCAUCACACUCGAUAGAAUUCCACCAGAGGUUAUGUAUGAUAUUGAAGACUCUAAUGAUACUCAAUUUGUUUAUGUUGAUAAUAUCAUGUACCAAGAUGCCACAGACACACUUCCGGUUUUCACCAAUGUUUCAGACACACAUUCGGUAUCUUCGGUAGAGUGGGCUUUAGGAUCAUUGCCCCUCCUAGAUGACCGGCAUCCAUUCACCCGUGAUUAUUCUAAAGUAAAUAGUGUAGUUACGCUUUCACCUGGAGAGGCAACUUUCAUAACAACAAAUGCUUCUGAUAUGGCCGGUAAUACUAACGUAACGUCAUCAUUGGCUAUAAUAGCGGAUACAACAGCACCUUUGAUAAGGGGUUUUGACUGCACUAAGUAUGUUUCGGUGCGAAAAAGUAUUUUAAUUUGCACAUGGGAAGCAGUUGAGGAAUAUGAAAGUCUGAUUGACAAAAUUAUUUUUUCAUUGGGAUCAAACAGUACGUCAACUGAUGUGUUAAAGAGUUAUGUUGUACCUAAUUUUUUAAGAUUGUUUACUCGAGAUUUAAGUGAUUUUAUAAAUUUAAAAGAUAAUUUGACAACAAUUUUUGUAAAUUUGAAUGUCAAAAAUGUGGUAGGACACACAACAGUGUAUGGCAGGGAAGUUGUCGUCGACCGAACCAUUCCGAAAGUAGCUCACCUAGCAGUUGUCACAAAUAUCGGGGCUCAAAACGUAUCAGAGAAUCAAAAAUGCCAGCUUCCACGUGCUUUUGUUGAACUCCGUCCAUAUGAUAUUACCGAUGAUGAAUCUGGCAUUGAUCAUGAUAGGUAUGAAGUGUCUAUCGGUUUUGCUCCAUAUGCUACAGACGUCCUUGACUACACUCCAGUCCAGUUAGGAGAAAACGGAAUAAUAUUUGUGGACGGUUUUACUUUAGACGAGGGGGCAAUAUUCUAUGCGACUUUGAGACUAUACAAUCACGCCGGAUUGAAAACGGAAGUGACAUCAGACAGUGUUGUCAUAAGCCAGUCGCCGGUACUUUCAGUAACCGAUGGCGCUGAGGAUGACGACAUAGAUUACCAGUCCGUGCCUAAUCUUCUCCAAGGAAAAUGGAAAUAUUCAGAUCUCUGUCCUAUCAAAGAAGCGAUGUGGUCUGCGGCUGAUCUGACUGGAAAAGUACUUUUUGCCUUUCAAUCUAUUCCAUCUGCGGCUAAGAUAUUCUAUAACGAUGAGGUAGCAUUAGAAAACGGAAUGAAAUAUAUUGUUACAAUAAAAACUGUUGACUUUUUAGGUCGAACAAAAAUUGCACGUUCAGACGGUGUCUCUGUUCGAAUUCAGCCACCAGUUCCCGGGUUAGUACGAGAUGGUCUUUUAGAGGAUUUGAAUUAUCAAUACAGUACAUCAGAACUUUCUGCAAAUUGGGAUAAUUUUGGUGAUGGUUCGAAAGACCCUACACAAGCAAUUCACCAUUACGAUGUUUCUGUCGGUAAUGACAGACGUUAUGAACAAACGAGAUCAAAUAUUCAUUUCUUUGUCAAUGUCGGACUUAAUACUUCAUUUACCUUUAAGGGCCUAAAUCUAACUUCAAAAUUAAUAAAAUAUUACAUCACAGUUCGAGCAUACAGUAUGGCAGGGAGCUAUACAGAAGGUUAUUCAAACGGUAUACGAGUUGGUUUUAAUGACGAUAUAAACGCAGGUACAAUGUCUAUUCAUAAAUAUCAGUCGUCCACGACAUCUGUUGAGGUAUCUUGGACAGGAUUUAGAUCAGAUAUUGAUAUUAUUGACUAUAUGAUUGGAAUAAGUAGCCAUGGUAAUGUUAUAACAAACGAUACCCUUAAGUGUUCUAUGUUUUAUCUUAAUUCAACUGAUUAUGACAUAUUAGCUUUAUCAACAGUCGCCGUAGAUGAGUAUAAGAAGGUAACGGGCCUAACACUCAAACAUGGAGAUAAAUAUUUUGUUACCAUCAUCGCAAAGGAUGAAGCUGGAAUGUGUUUUGGUAUAACAAGUGAAGAAAUUCUCGUAGACACAUCUCCACCACAAAUUGGUUUCCUUUCUAUCAAUAAUAUACGCAGUGAAACUGUACUAUUUGCUGAUUCUGAUUCUGAAAUGAUGGUACAGUGGCAUGAUUUUAAUGAUAAAGAAUCUGGAAUUGUAAAAGCAAAGGUUUCUCUUCUUGAAUGCAAGAAAUGCGGUAUUGAGCAGAAAUCUAGUUCAAAUUGUAUCCCCAUAGCUGAGACAACGGUAGAAAAUGAUAACAAGACUGCUUUCUAUCAGCUAGAAUUAAGUUCACAGAAGGAAUACCUUAUUAACUUGACUUUAACAAAUGGCGCAAAAUUGUUAACAAAUGUUUUAAGUAAGUCUAUUUUAGUAGAUACAAGCGCCCCGUUAAUGGGUAGUGUGAAAAUUGCAAAGAAUUGGCACUCUUUGGAUACCUUCCAAAAUUCAACUUCAGAGUUACAUGGCUUAAUGGCGAUUGCAUCGACUUUUGUUGAUUACGAUUGUUCUUCACAAAAGCAUUUUUUCCCAGUGGCUCAUGAAAUGAAAUUUCAGGGAUUUUCUGACGAUUUUAGUACAGAUUUUGUAAUUGUAAACCGUUCCGGAGCGUUUUUAGGGAUUGGUUAUAACGCAGAUUUGAGUGAAAUAACAAAAUCAAGUAUCGUUUCUGAACCACUUACAUUAAAAAGAGGUAAUUAUAGUCUCACGGCUCUUAUUGCGAGAGGAGAAAAUAUUGUGACAACCGUUGCUUUCAUUACAGAUAAUGUUGCAGUUCCGUUUUUAAUUAAAGAUAAGCCUGUUGAAAAUGAAUUCGAUGAAAGUGUAUUUGACAAUAUGACGGGCCUCGAAGUUCCUGAAAGUAAUGCUAUGGUCACAAACAUAUUAACAACACCAAGCACAACUACAAGAAACCUUGUCUCUUUUAUACCAUCUGAUAAUGAUACAUCUAGUACGGACACUAACUUUGACACCGAUGAAUAUGGCUUUGGAGUGCAUUUUCUAGGAUAUAAAAUUGCAAACAAUAAACACUGGCAUCAUGUGUUUUGGGCUAGAAAUAAGUUCACAAGCAUAUUAAGAUGGUUCAGCGUUCCUUUUGAUUACGCAGCUGACUUUCAUAGGGUGACAAUCCUAGUAGACAGUAAAUCAGAAUAUUUAGAGACAACUGUAGAUCUUACUUUGAUUAUUGAUGGUGAGGAAACAAUCAAUAUAGCUGGUUUCAAAUUCUUUGGUGACAUGAAAAUAGCAACACUGAUUUGGAACGAAAACGGAUACAAACCACCAAUAUCAGAUAUUUAUAACCCGUUUUACAGCCACGCUGUGAUUCGCGAGAUUGAUAUACCAGAUGAAAUGGCUAAACUGUGUCGUCAUGGCCGGGGGUUUUAUGACGGAGAAAGUAGUGUAAAGGAGAUAUGGCUUGGAGUGUCUGACAGUAAAUUUGAAUUCGGUAAUGUGCUCCCUCUAUCACUGUAUACACAAUAUUGCUACCCUUGUCAAGGAUUAUGUCAGACUCUUUGUAAACAGCCUUGUUCACACAAAAAUCUUCAUGAUGGGUUUGGACUUAUUUCUCUUGACUUAGAAGGUUUAGAUAUGAAGUCUAGUAGUAUUGAUGAUCCAUGUAACAAUGUUACUAGUGAUUUAGAGUGUAACAGCACAGCGUUUUAUUUGAACGUGAAGCUCGUGAAUUACGCUGGUUUAGAAUCAUUUGCGUAUUCCAAUGCCGUCCAGAUAGAUAUUACGCCACCGGAAUGUGACUAUGUAAAAUGUAUAGAUCCUGAUUAUAGCAAAGAUGAACCAACACAAUAUCUGGGAUCAAGUUCAACAAUCGGUGCAUACUGGAACUGUUCCGAAGAUAUAAGUCAGAUUGAAUCUUACAUUGUACGAGUCUUUGAUUCUUCUAAUAAUGAAACUGUAAUGAAUAGUACCUCAGUAGGCUUGAAAACAAAGAAGGCGUUCAGGUUACAAAAUGGCACUUUUAGGGAUGGUAAAAACUAUGUAGUAGAAGUGACAACGAUCAAUACUGCCGGUUUAUCAAUAACGAAAAGCUGUAAAGUUCAAGUCAGUUUAUUUCCACCGGAUACAUCUGGUGCCACAACUGCCCCACUGUACACCAAUGUUUCAUAUGUUUCUGCAGAUGAAGAUACACCAUAUUGGACGACUACACAAACAGAAAUAGGAAUAGAGUGGCAAGGAGGUGAUUCGGAAGUAGAAUAUUAUGAAUGGCAAAUUGGAACAUCUAAAGACGGACAGGACGUUUUUCCACCAGUGAAAGUUGGUCAGAAUAAAACGGGAUCAUCAGCUAUUGUUCAUGGAAAGAUUGAGUUUGACAGGAAAGCAAUAAAUAGGUCGGUAAUGGAGUUUAGAAACGUUACAGGUAUGACAUUAGAAGAAAUGCAAAACAUUACCGAAACAGAUGAGAAGGAAAAGGCUUUCUUUAACAUGGAACCAGGUCGCUGUGUACAUCAGUCCCUUUAUGCUAUUGGAUAUUCUCACUUGAAAAGUAAAAUACAGGGAAACACUGUUUGUGUAAAACGUUUAAAUGACAUAUACUUAAACGGGACGCAGACGAAAGUUAUGGCUUCAAAACUAAAAUCAUCAGAUAAAUGGAGUGCUAGUGUAGUACCUUUACCACAAAUUGCUAUUGAAGCCAGUCUGAUAACUGGUGGUUUAAGUUUAGGGACUUUAACAAAAGAAGAUCUAUCCGACGACUAUGGAAGUGCUGCUACUGUGGACUACAAACCUUUCAUUAAGGAUCCGGAAAUUUCACUUGAUAAAACGACUAGACUUCUAAGAAACAGGAUUAAAAAGUUAUGUAAUACGACAUUCUUUGUAUCGCCGUCUCCAGUGGCUGAAUACGAGAAUAUAAGGAUAAAUAUAACCGUACCCGAUGGAUGUGAGAAAGAUCCGGAUAACCAACCUGCAUUAAUGUUCUGGAAUAGCGACAAGGAGCAGUGGGUUCAUGUAGACGAAGGAUGCAGAGAUCAUUUGACUGCUGUGGUUACUUCUCAUAUUUAUAUUUCCGAGAUAUGCAACGCUAGUACAGAAACAUCUUCCGUGAUAAAGAAGGGAUCACCAUACAUGUACAUGUCUCCAAGGACCUUUGCUCUUUCUCAAAUAUCUCGCAAAUUUCCAAAUAACCCACCAACUCUAUUAACAGAUAAUUUGCAAUUAUACGAAGAUACUACCAGUGAACUACACAUAAAAACUGUCGAUUUAGAAAACGAUACGUUCAAGUUUGAAAUAACAAAGUACCCAUUAAACAUGGUUUGUGAAAUUCACAAUACAAGCGGAUUUUUGAAUUGUACACCUUACGAAGAUUUUAGUGGCGAAGAUUCUAUUACUGUGAAGGUUACUGAGACUGGUCUCCCAGAGUUUGAAGAAGCUCUUGUCGAUGAAAAAAUAAUAACCCUAAAUAUAUCAGGAGUACCAGACAGAACGGAUAGGUACUUCAUAGACUCAAAUGGUACAAUCUUUUCAGAUAUUCGGCCUUCCAUGAUUAAGACGUUUAUCCUCGAUGCAAAUCGAUCAACGUCAUUUGAUGUUGGAACUAUUUUAUUGGCAGAUGUUGAUAACGAUGAGGAGUUCAAAGUCAAAGAGAACUUUAAUCCUCUAAGAAAUUCAACAUACGCUCUUGUUAAUACAGACAGCUCUUCAAUUGAAUUGGAGAAUGUAUCAUCAAAGAUAUAUAAAAGCUUACAGGCAUAUGACGUUAGUUUCAAAUUUUCUCCAGAGGUCAGUGGCAACAUGAGUCUUCAAUUCAUCGCAAAACUAGCUGAUGGCACUUUUACACCAUCUGUUACAGUUGAAUUGUUUAUCCUUAAUAAUCCGUGUGUUUAUGGUCACUGUAGUCCAAAGGGGAGUGUUGUAUGUGACGACAUACUACGAUCAACAUCAUUUACAGAUUUCCAAUGCGUGUGUUAUCCUGGAUAUGAGGGUCAGUGGUGCCAGACUGAAACAGAUGAAUGCCAAUGGAACCCAUGUGCUGUUAUGUUUGACUGUGAAGAUUUGAUAAACGAACAUCAAUGUAACAUCAACAUACCAAAACUUAUGGCCAUAUUAUUAAGUUCAAUACCGGCUAUUGGAGGGGCAUCGUUCCUGUUAUGGAAGCUGUUGAAAAGGUGUAAAACAUAUAGCAUACCUAGCAUGGUGGAUCUUAACAACUCAGAGAUAACCGAGGCAUUUAAGAUGGACGGAGAGCGGCCUUCAACAAGUGCUUCAAUAGUUCUAGAAUCCUAUCGAACACGUACCGAAGGAGCUUCAACAUUGCUCGACGAUACCGAUACCAUUAAUGCUUCUGCGAUGACAUCAUUUACAACAGCGCUAGAUACAUCUUCUAAACCAUCAUUGAAACCUGUUAAUUUGCAGCAAUCAAAUCCUAAUGAAAUGAUGGAAGCAAAGCUGGAAAGUCCGUCAGUGAAGUCAAACGUUGAACCGGAAUGUCAGCCGCUGUUGAAGACACAUGAAGAUGAAGACUAAUGUGUGACUGGAGAUUCAAUGAAAAGCAACUCUCUUUCACAACUGUGCUCUGAAUCUCAGAAUAAGGAAGUUAGUAAAUUGUGUGCUAUUAAUAUCACAAAAACACAUAUAUGACAUUUUUAAAGACGCUUAAAGCUGUAAUGUUACGCAUAAAUUGUAUGUUUCCUCUUUGUAGCGGAUCCAGAUGUUUAGAAUUACGUUGCUUAAAUCGUCUUAUUGUUUGUUUAAAUUCAUGAUGUUAGAGGUUUGCUACAGUGUAUUUUAAAGACAUAUUUACCCUGGAAAUGAUAUUUCUCU